UUGGAGUUUCAUCUUCUAAAGGCUAUGAUACUUUGUUAUUUGUGAUCCAUCAAAUAACCAACUAUACCAACCGCCCCUUUCUCUCACCACUUCACCCCGCAAACUACGCUAAGCAACAUAAACAAACUAACAUUAGAAAAAAAAAAACAGUACAAUCUUUGACAAAGACACAGAGAUAGAAGAAUAAUUUUGCAAAGAUAAGGGAACAAAGACUUGUAAUUUCUUUGCAACGAGUAGAAGUUAGUUUCCUGUGAAAAUUCUUUAUUUCUGUUUGACAAACAAAACAGGACAUGCAUGUCACGAAUUGGGAUUUUUAGCACAACUUGUUGACUCUCAUCAGCUAUGCCAAUGGUCGGAGAUGGAAAAGUUUCUGUUUUGUCAGCAGAGCAGAAGCAUUAGUGGAUGGCAAAAGAUCCACAAUUUACAGGGGCCAAAUCCCAUCUUGAAAUGGGAUCACUAGAAGGAAGAGCAGUACUUCAGCUUGAGGAUGAGAACCUUGUGAACUCUAAGAAUAAUGAUAGGAGGACAUCUUCUAUGGAUGCCACUCCUCAGAUAUCAGUUUUCGAUGCCGAUGCAGACGAUGUUAGUUGUAAAUGUAUGUGGAAUAAUUUAGUAAGGCAGAUGCAAAUAGUUUUGUUCUCCAAGAAGUUAAACAUGCUUAUUCCUUGUGGUCCUCUAGCCAUACUUGUUGAUGAGUUAACCGAUCAUCAUGGAUGGAUCUUCUUUCUUAGCUUGUUAGGAAUCAUACCACUCGCCGAGCGUCUAGGUUGGGCGACAGAGCAGCUGGCUUUCUAUACGGGGCCAACAGUUGGAGGACUUUUAAAUGCAACUUUUGGUAACGCAACAGAGCUAAUAAUAUCAAUGUAUGCACUGAGAAGUGGAAUGAUUCGCGUGGUUCAGCAGUCAUUAUUAGGCUCAAUUCUGUCUAAUACAUUACUAGUGCUUGGAUGUGCAUUUUUUGGUGGUGGACUUGUUCAUUCCAGUAAGGAUCAGGUUUUUGACAAGGGAAACGCAGUAAUGAAUUCAGGGUUGCUUUUGAUGGCAGUUAUGGGCCUACUCUUCCCCGCUGUCCUCCAUUUUACACACACUGAGGUGCACUUUGGGAAGUCAGAGCUGGCACUUUCCAGGUUUAGCAGCUGCGUAAUGCUGGUCGCAUAUGGUGCAAACCUGUUUUAUCAGCUGACUAGUCAGAAUAGUCUUUACAUGCCAAUUGCUGAGGAAGAGGGUGAGAAUGACGGGAGCGCAGAUGAGGAGGAAGCUCCUGAGAUAUCAAAAUGGGGGUCAAUCAUAUGGCUUUCGAUUUUGACACUAUGGAUUGCGGUCUUGUCAGAGUACCUGGUUAAUGCCAUAGAGGGGGCAUCAGUUGCUUUGAGUAUUCCUGUGUCAUUUAUAAGUGUCAUACUGCUCCCAAUUGUUGGAAAUGCUGCUGAGCAUGCUGGUGCUGUCAUGUUUGCUGUCAAAGACAAGCUUGACAUCUCUUUGGGAGUAGCAAUAGGCUCAUCAACGCAGAUUGCCAUGUUUGGGAUCCCGUUCUGCGUUGUGGUUGGAUGGAUAAUGGGUCGUCCUAUGGACUUGAACUUCCAAUUAUUUGAAACGGCCACACUUUUCAUGAGUGUCCUUGUAGUAGCAUUCAUGCUGCAGGACGGAACUUCAAAUUAUUUUAAAGGACUGAUGCUCCUUCUCUGCUAUCUGAUAGUCGCUGCAAGCUUCUUUGUGCAUAUAGAUCCAGAGUCCAUACAGGACAAGCCCAAAAAACCAUGAGUAGUGAACAUGGUGGUUUCUGAUAUUGGCCUGCUAAAGCUGAAGGGCCAGAAUACCAUUAGAUCUGCAUAUGUUUAAAGAGCCAUCUUCAGUUUUGGCCACUCUGAGCUUGAAUAUCAACGUUCGUUCAUCUGCGGAUGCUCGGGGUUCUGUGUUGCUACAAAUAUAUUUUUUGAGAAGUUUCUUGCUUUCUAAGUUUUGACUUGCAAGCCGGUGUCAGUAAAUUAGGUGUUUUUGUGUGCAGCUGGUGAUUUAUUCUUUCGCCUGUGAAAUAGCUGGAUAGUAAAAAGAAAAAAUUUCUGUGUUAAUACUUAGGAGCUUUAGGUAAUUGUUAACGCAAAAUUUUUCCUUGUUAACAGCAGAAAAUAUAUAUUUUUGUUUUCCUUGAGCAGAUCAUGAGCGUCUGCGAUCAUAUACUAUGUAUCAUGCUACGAAGAAAAAUCAUUUGUUGAUGAUUAAUAGUUGCUACAUGAGAUAUUAUACUUUUA